CCGUAUACUUUUUUGUUGCUAGCACUUUUUUGAAUUACUACAAAAAAUAUAAUUAUCACAGAAAAAGGAAGAAAAAAAUGUUUGGAUUUAUUACAGGAAAACAAAUAAAUGGCAAAUACAACAAAUCAAUAUUAUUUUUUAAAUCAAUAGUUUUGAAACUUAAACCUCAAGUCGCUAAAUUAAAAGUUAAAACAACUUAAUUUUGUUGCUAGCACUUUCAUUGUUUUUUUUGUUUAAAUUUUAAAAAAUAUUUUCAGAUGGAAACAGAUAGCAAACACUCACAGGCCGAGCAUGCCAAGUUCUUGAUCUGGAAUAUUAAUGAAAAUCUGAGGAACCCAACCACUGAAAAGGAUACUAUUGUACAAUGUGAGGACGGUUCUCUUCCUUUACCUUCUCUUCUCUUAGGAGGACUCUCCCCCCUUCUUCAUAGUGCUCUACAGAACCAACCUGUCCAAGAGGAUCAAGUUGUUAUUCUUCCAGAUAUACAGUUAGGUGAAAUCUUACUGUUUCUAAAGUAUCUGUUGUCUGUAAACAUUAAGAACUUUUUCUCUGCGGAGGAUGUUUCUACAAUUAGUAAGGUUGGUAAAUAUCUUGAAGUUGAUUCAUCAGCAACACCAACAUUAGAAAUUCAUAAGGAAAUUAUUAAAUCUAAAAAAGUAAUUAAAGAAACCGCUGAACGAGCUGCUUCAGACAAGGAAUGGAAGGAGGAGGAAAAGAAAAAAUUGGCAAUAGAACGAGAUUGUCCUUUUUGUGAUAGUAGGAUAAACGUGACUAUAAUGGCUAAGCACAUGAAGCAGAAGCAUCCUGAGCUGGAGUAUGCUUGUAUGGAUUGUCAGGAGAACCUGCAUACCAGAUCUGAUCUUGAAGUUCAUGUUCAACUGCAUCCGGAGUCUCCCUGGUUUAGAACUUGUAGAUUAUGCGAGUUCGUCUGUCUAUCUAAUUAUCAGUUAUCAAGUCACAGAAGGAGCCACACCGCAGCAGAGUUUGGAAGCAAAAAAUGUCAAUUCUGUGAUAAAACGUUCAUUAAGGAGUCGGCCUUGCAGCUUCACGAAGCUCAUCAUGAAGCAGGAAAAUUUAACAAAACUUUUUCCUGUGUUCAGUGCUCUAAAUCCUUCAGCAAACAAUCCAACCUGGCCAGACAUAUCAGAUCUCACUUUGGUAUUAAAUCAUUCUUUUGUGAUCAGUGCAAUGCAGAAUUUGUAGAUUCUACGCGUUUAAAGGAGCACUCGUGGAUACAUCUGGACUAUGCUAAGUUCAAGUGUCCGAUCCCAGAAUGUGAUCAAACUUUCAGGCACCGUAGUAAUCUGAAGAACCACAUGUCCAGCCAUCAUAAUGAACCAAAGAAGUAUCCCUGUAAUCUGUGCAAUAAAAGUUUUGCGUUUGAAUACAAGCUGAGGAACCACAGCAGGUGGCAUAAGUUGGAGGAGGAGUCCAAGAAGAAGGAGAAGAUUGAGGAGACCGUUACGGAGUUCAAGGAUUCGAGUGUAUAUGUUUGUGGUUCAUGUUCGCGUGAGUUUAUAUCUAUUGAUGAUUUUGGGAUUCAUUGUAAGGAAUAUCACAACCAGUCUAUAUCUGAUCUGAAGACAAGAAAGCGACGACAUGGCGCCUCUGAAGUAGAAAACCAGGAACCUAACUCAGCUCUCCCAAAUAUAAACUUUUCUACCUCGUCAGGUCAACUUAGUUUAUCAGUUCUAGAGAAUCCCCAGGGUAUUAUGCCUUGUAUCGAGGUGGGGCCUGACAUGCCCUGCCUAAGCCUAACCUCUGGUAAUAUGCCUAACCUUGAGCUUGGUCCAGACCAGUCUAAAAGCAUGGAGCUGGAUCACCAUAUCGACCUGGAUCCAGAAACUAAGAAACAUUUACAAACAUUGGAUAAUAUAAGGUCACUCAUUCACAUUAAUUCAUUUGUUUUGAUCAUUAAAAUAAUUCACAUAUUAAAUACACAUAUUUAUUUCCAUUAAAUGCAGGGUUGUUCU